GUGUGUGUGUGUAACAGUGCUGCACAGAGUGCCUCUGAUUGGCUGAGGGUGAAAGCUGCUGAGCACCAAUAGCAGUCAGAGGCGUACAAAGAGAUCUUCUCCCUCCCCCCAUACUUAGCAACACAACCACAAUGCUCAGUGUAGAGAGGAGAGAAGGUACAUCAGUCAUGUACUGCCAGGAUUUCAUUUAUUUGCACUUAUAUUUUUGAUUAUGAACGGAUCUUGUUUUCACUCACCAUGUCGCAUGUUGGAAAUAUGGAUUUUGUCUUCUUGGUCCGUCUUCUUUUGGAUUGGAAUUGAUGCAUUUUAGAGGAUCGAGGAUGACAAAGACAAUAGGAUACAGAGACUGGAGAUGGCAGGCUCUUUUGUGGCAUCAGGUCUUUCUCUUGUGGACUACAGUGGAUGCACAGACUCGUUACAGCAUCCCAGAGGAGCUCAAACAAGGUUCUGUGGUGGGAAAUCUGGCCAAAGAUCUGUCUUUGGGACUGUCUGAGAUAUUUGAGCGCAAGCUGCGUGUCGCCUCUGAGGCUGGUAAGCAGUAUUUCAGCGUGGAUGCGGGGAAGGGCGAGCUGCUGGUCAAUGACAGAAUAGACAGAGAGGCUUUAUGCGGACAAAGCGCCAGCUGUGUGCUCCCUCUGCAGGUCGUGGUGGAAAAUCCGUUACAAUUACAUCGGUUUGAGGUGGAAAUAAAAGACGUCAAUGACAAUGCUCCUAGUUUUGUCAAAACCGAGCACCGCAUAGAAAUAGCCGAAUCCACUGUUGUAGGUGUGCAUUUUCUCCUGGAGAGUGCAGAGGAUCCUGAUGUAGGAAGUAACACAGUAAGGACAUAUACACUCAGCAAAGACGAAUGCUUUACAUUAAAAAUAAGGGAGCUUGAAAAUGGAAGAAAAAUACCUGAACUGGUGUUAAAUAAAUCAUUAGAUCGUGAGAAAAAAGCUGUUCACAAUUUGAUUCUUACAGCUUUGGAUGGUGGAAAUCCGGUCAAAUCUGGAACAUCAAAGAUAACCAUAAUUGUUCUUGAUAAUAAUGACAAUGUUCCUUCAUUUGAAUAUAAAUUAUAUAAAAUAUCGGUUCAAGAAAACAGCCCAAAUGGCUCUUUUAUUAUUAAAACAAAGGCAACAGACAUAGACGAUGGUCCAAAUGGUGAAAUAGAGUACUCUCUGGGCAUACAUACACCACCAUCAGUGCAGGCAUUAUUUUAUAUACACCCUGUCAGCGGGGAUAUGUUUCUAAAAAAUAAUUUGGACCAUGAACAGCAGUCCUCCUAUCGAAUUGACAUUAGUGCGAAAGAUAAAGGGUUGCCAAAAAUGGAGGGCCAUUGCAGCGUGCAGGUUGAUGUAUUAGAUGUUAAUGAUAAUGCUCCUGAAAUUAUUCUGACUUCUAAACCCAGUCCUGUACCAGAGGACUCUGUUAGUGGGACUGUUGUGGCUUUGCUGAGUGCACGUGAUCUUGACUCUGGUGAAAACAGUAAAGUGACUUUAGAGCUUCCUAAAGGAAAUCCUUUUACUCUUAAACCAUCUUUUUCUAACAGUUAUGAAUUAGUAACCAGUGGUGCUUUAGACAGAGAGAGCGUGUCUGAGUACAAGAUUGAGAUAACAGCCACUGAUUCAGGAUCUCCUCCUCUCUCCAGUAAGAAAACGAUAUCUGUCAGCAUCACUGAUGUCAAUGACAACCCUCCUGUAUUCUCUCAGAGCUCUUAUAAUGUUUAUCUCAAAGAGAACGGAGUAGCAGGUUCUAUACUGUACUCGGUGUCUGCAUGUGACCUGGAUGCUGGCCAAAACGCCAAAGUGUCUUACUCCAUGGUGGACUCUAAAGUGCACGAGGUGUCCGUGUCGUCUUACGUUUACAUGAACUCAGAGAACGGCAGCAUCUACAGCAUGCACUCCUUUGACUACGAGAAAGUCAAAGUCUUCCACAUCCAGGUUCAGGCCAAGGACCAGGGCUCUCCGUCUCUCAGCAGCAACGCCACCGUCCAUGUUUUCAUCCUGGACCAGAACGACAACGCCCCCGCCGUUAUUUACCCUUCCCCCCACGCCGCCUCCCACCUGCGGGUGCCCCGCACGGCCAAGGCGGGCCAGCUGGUCACCAAGGUGACGGCCGUGGACGCGGACUCGGGCCACAACGCCUGGAUCUCGUACAAAGUGUCUGAGGCCACAGACGCCUCUUUGUUCACGGUCAGUGUGUACACAGGGGAGGUGAGGACUAAACGCGCUGUGUCCGAGCACGACGACUCCUCUCAGAGGCUGCUUGUAGAGGUCCAGGACGACGGGGAACCGGUCCAGUCGGCCACCGUCACGCUGUCCAUCCUGCUGGAGGACGGUGUGAGCCAGCCCGUGUUGGAGCUGAGACACAAGGUGUCCGAGCCCAGUAAGACAAGCGGCACAAUCACGCUCUAUUUGAUCGUGUCUCUGGCCUCGGUGUCCGUGCUGUCUCUGGUGACUUUGCUGGUCUUAGCGGUGAAAUGCUUGAGGAGCAGCGGAAGCGACGCUAGUUGCUGCAUGAGACGGACACACUGUGAUGAGGACAAGAAGCCCAACAGAAACCUGCACAUUCAGCUCAACAGUGAUGGACCUAUCAAGUACGUGGAGGUUCUGGGAGGAGACGUCAUGUCUCAGAGUCACUCCUUCAGGUCCUGCAUGUCUCCAAUGUCAGAGUACAGUGACUUCACUUUGGUGAAGCCCAGCAGCACCACUGACUUUAAGGAGGUCAUCAGCGUCCUGGACGCCUCUUUACCUGACAGCACCUGGACCUUUGAGAGCCAGCAGGUGAGCAGAAAAUACAACAAGUGUUUGGAUCAAAUUUGACUACAGUUUCUAAACCCAGAAAAAGAUAACCAAUAUUUUUCUCCAAGCAUUGAUAAAAUCC